AAUAAUGGAGAUUAAAGAAAUUUCCCGGGAAAAGAGAUAGGGAGAGUGUGAAACAAGAGCAAGUGAGGAGCGUGUGUUACAAAUCAAAAACAUUGUUUUAUACUCGGGUGACUACUUGAGCUCUUUUUACAGGCUCUCUCCUUCUCACACUCUCCAGCAAAUGAGCACAACUCAGGCGAGAAGAAACGCCGCCGUUUCAUUCGCCAAGAUAAGUUUCAAAAAUGGGAAAAGCUUCACGGUGGUUUAGGAACCUACUCGGACUACUUAAUAAACCCGUCCCGGGUUAUCCGGAUCCAUCCAUCGAAACCCCUACUCGCUCAGUUACAAAACGUCGUUGGAGCUUCGUCAAAUCCAAACGCGAAAAAGGAAACGCACCGCCGAAUCAUCAUCCUUCUCCUCCGCCUCUACGGAGUUCGACGCCUCCACCGUCGUACCUUCAGUCUUCUCCGUUAGACGGACGGCGGUGGAAACAGAAGCUGGUAGGGGAGGAAGAAGGAGACAAGGAGUCCGACAAGCAGGAGCUUGCGUUGGCCGCCGCUUCUGCGGUCGUCAGGCUAACGAGCACGAGCGGGAAGUUGACGCGAAGUUCCGGCACGGGUAAUUUUAGCAGCGGCUUCAACGACGACGUGGUGGCGCAUGUUAGCAGGUUCAAACGAUACAGAAGCGGUCGCGACAGCCUUGCGGCGAUUAAGAUACAAUCUACUUUUCGUGGUUAUUUGGCAAGGAGAGCGUUAAGGGCACUCAAGGGAUUGGUCAGGCUACAAGCUAUAGUUAGAGGUCAUAUCCAACGAAAGAAAUUGUCGGUCCAUCUGCGCAGGAUGCACGCUUUGGUUCGAGCGCAGGCUCGUGUCCGUGCCCAUCGUGUUAUUAUAAUGUCUGAAUCCUCUUCUUCUCAAUCAAACAACACCAAAUCUUCUCACUUCCAAAACCCGGGUCCACCAACACCGGAAAAACUGGAGUAUUCAGUCUCUUAUCGCAGCUCCAAACUCGGUCAUUCUCAUCUUUUCAAGAGGAACGGUUCAAAGGCAAGCAACAACAACAGACCAUGCAGUGCUCACAGAGAAACACUCUCAGCCAUGAAGGAAGAAGAAAUACUCCUUGAAACCGACAGGAAACACAACAGUUCUUACACAAGACGCAGCAGACCUGACAUGUUCUACUCAUCCCACCUCCUCUUAGCCAACUCAGGCCGGUCUGGACCAGUUUACGCCGUGCCAUUGAUCCCGUCCUCGUCGCAUGAAGAGACCGUAAGCCAGUUUUGCACUGGGGAGAACAGUCUUCAGUUACACUCAGCCACUUCCGUAAGCAAACAGAGUGCUUUCACGGCUUGUUCUAUUGCACCAAGUGAAAGCACCAAAAGCUGCUACGACACGGACCAUCCAGGCUACAUGGCUUGUACAAAGUCCUCUAGGGCUAAGUCCCGCUCGGCUAGUGCCCCAAAGUCGAGACCACAGCUAUAUCACGAGCAGUCUUUCUCCAAACAGUUUGGUGAUACGAGGUCGGGUCCACAGAAAGGUUCUGCUCUACACGCUAGUUUCUUAAACAAGGCUUAUCCUGGUUCAGGUCGGUUGGACCGGCUGGGGAGGCCAAUAGGGUAUAUGUACUGAGAAAAAAGCUGUUGGACCGGUUUGUUCUAUUUGGUUCCGGCUGUGUUAGUAAUCAAAUAGAGAAGAGGAGGAUCGGUGGUCAAACCUGGUUUUGUUGUAGGCCAGUGGAUUGAUUUAUGUGUAAAUCGUACCAAAGUUAAACCUUGGAAUCACAAAUUUGUAACAAAGAAAAAUGGGUGAUUUAUUCAAAGAUCCAAACACCUGAACAGAUU